AUGCAGGAUAUGAACACCCUCGAAGAGGCGCUCAACGCAAAGUACUUUGGGGUGAGUAAACCGUACGACAAGGCUGAAUUCGACAAGUGGUUUUCCGACUAUGUUGUAGCCGAAUUACACACUGCAGUGCAGGAGAAACUCGCUAUGUUCAGCCUCGAGGGACACUUUGAAUGGGACGAGAUUUACCCGUUCCUGGGAAGGCCGGUCAGGAUCCCAGAAUCGCGCGAUGAGAACCGGCUGAGCCAGCAGCGAUCUCGCGAACGCCGAAAGCAGUACGUCGCCGAUUUGGAAAAGCGUGUGAGCGAGUAUGAACGUCUGGGUGUCCAGGCGACUCUUGAGAUGCAGCGUGCUGCGCGUGCUGUCCAUAUCAAGAAUGGAAAACUUCUCGCCUUGCUUGCCCUCCAUGGUGUGAAGCAGGACGAGAUCGACGCUUUCCUGGCCGCACCUGGAACUGUUGAUCCCACGGAAGCUCCGAACUGCAAUGAGCCACGCAUGGACGAUACUUCGGGGAAUUUGAUUAGCAUGAUGGACAAUGAAUCGUCUUUAUCUGGGUGUCGAUCGAGUCUAGUGCUGGCGGUCGAAGCUUCAGGUGCAGCAGAAGCUGGGCCAAGUCGAAUUCCUCUGCCGCUGAUACGUGAGACAGAACCACGGCGAUGUUCCAUGUCGUGUGUCAAGAAGUCACAAGAUGAUGGACCCCCUGGAUAUUCUUGUGUCAUGACUGAUGGCAGGAGCCCACCCGUGUGUAACGAUGAGAGCGACGAGUUGAGAGGGCAAGCGACUUGUUGCGACGAGAGUGGCGAGUCGAGUGGACAAGUGAAUUGUUGCGACGAGAGCGGCGAGUUGAGAGGACAAGUGACCUGCUGUAACGAGAGUGGUGAGUUGAGAGGACAAGUGACUUCUUGCGACGAGGCUGCAAUAAUCAUUGCCAAUCUCCGUGGGAAUGACAAUGUGACAGAAGCUCGUGCAUUGUUGGGAUGCGGCAGCGCGACCGUCUGCUCAGUCAAGAACACCCGACUGUUUCAGCUCAUGGACGAGACCCCUUGA